GAAUGGUUUAGGGUUAGUUGAAUGAGUGAAUAGUGAGGCAUUAUUCCUUCCACUUAUUAUCACCUAUCCCUAUCUUAUUAUUGAUACAAGCUAAAAAUGGAUUCCCAUAAUGAAGCAAUUCCACAUGCUCCUACUAGGAGUGAUUCUGAUGAUGAUGUCAUAGUAACCGUCAUGGAAGCUUUGAACAUUUCAAGAAGAAGUAAUAGUGGUGGGAGAGAAGAAGAGGUUCCAAUAUACAUGACAUGGAAGGAUGUAUGGGUGAGAGCUUGGGUGGGAAAGAAUGAGAGCAAAUCAAUCCUUGAGGGUCUGACUGGUUAUGCCAAGCCAGGACAGCUUUUGGCCAUUAUGGGUCCUUCUGGAUCUGGCAAGUCUACUCUUCUUGAUACUUUGGGAGGGAGAUUAAGUUCAAACACAAGACAAACAGGGGAGAUUCUAAUCAAUGGUCGCAAGCAAUCAUUGGCUUAUGGAACCACGGCAUACGUGACACAAGAUGAUACCUUAAUAACAUCAUUAACAGUGAGAGAAGCAGUAUACUAUUCAGCUCAGCUUCAGUUACCUGAUUCCAUGUCAAAGGCAGAGAAGAAAGAGAGAGCAGAGUUCACAAUAAGAGAGAUGGGUUUGCAAGAUGCCAUCAACACUAGAAUUGGUGGCUGGGGUUGCAAAGGAAUCAGCGGUGGUCAGAAGAGGCGUGUAAGCAUCUGCAUUGAGAUAUUAACACGCCCAAGGCUCUUGUUUCUUGAUGAACCAACAAGUGGACUUGACAGUGCUGCCUCCUAUUAUGUCAUGAAAAGAAUUAAAUCCCUUGAUCAUAAAGAUGGUAUUCAAAGGACUAUCAUAGCAUCAAUCCAUCAGCCAAGUGCUGAAGUUUUCCAAUUCUUUGAUAAUCUCUGUUUGCUCUCUGCUGGAAAAACAGUUUACUUUGGACCUGUUUCUGAUGCAAUUCAGUUUUUCGCUUCCAAUGGUUUUCCUUGUCCUGCUCUUCAAAACCCCUCAGAUCAUAUGCUAAAAACUAUAAACAAGGACUUCGAUCAGGAAAAUGAGUUGGGUCCUGAUGAUGGUGGGAAUGGAAUCAUACCAACAGAAGAAGUAAUCCGGAUUCUUGUAAACUCAUAUAACUCAUCUGAGAUGAACCAACAAGUUCAAGCUGAAGUAGCAAGACUUUCUGAAACGGAAAGUAUUUGCCAAGACAAGAAGAGAAGUCAUUCUGGGUUUAUUAGUCAGUGCAUUGUUCUGAGCAAAAGAUCAUUCCUAAACAUGUUUCGUGAUUUAGGCUAUUACUGGAUACGCCUUGUCGCAUAUAUGGGGAUGGCUAUUUGUUUAGGAACUGUCUUCUAUGAUAUAAGAACCACCAAUAACUCAAUUAAGGACAGAGGUUCAUUUCUUACAUUUGUGUCUACAUUCAUGACUUUCAUGAGCAUCGGUGGAUUCCCUUCCUUUGUAGAAGACAUGAAGGUAUUUGAACGAGAAAGGCUAAAUGGGCAUUAUGGUGUGUGCGCCUUUGUAAUUGGAAACACAUUUUCCGGCAUCCCAUUCGUAUUACUAGUUUCAUUGAUUCCGGGAAUAAUUGCAUAUUACCUAGCUGGCCUUCAACAUGGAUACGAGCAUGUUCUUUACUUCUUGAGCGUCUUGUUAUCUUGUGUUAUGUUAGUGGAAAGCCUCAUGAUGAUAAUUGCUGCCAUAGUCCCAAACUACCUUUUGGGAAUCAUGACAGGUUCUGCAAUCCAAGGACUCAUGAUUCUUCUUGCUGGCUUCUUUAAAUUGCCCAGUGACAUUCCUAGGCCACUUUGGAAAUACCCUUUGCACUACAUCGCUUUCCAUCGAUAUGCCUUUCAAGGAUUGUUCAAGAAUGAAUUUCAAGGCCUAAAGUUUGGUACCAAAAACAACAAUGUUAUUACUGGUGAGGAGAUUCUGAGGGAUACAUUUGAAGUGGACAACAGUUACUCAAAGUGGGUUGAUCUAUCAGUGUUGGUGGGGAUGCUUGUUUUGUAUCGAGUUCUAUUUUUGGUAAUCAUUAAGGGUACGGAGAAGGUUAAGCCUUUUGUUGCAUCCUUCAAACUGGUGUCUCCCAAGAAAACGAUACAUGUCAUGGAAAAUCCAAAUGCCACCCCUCCUACCCAUGGACACUACCUUCUAUAAGUAUAAUCAUAUAUAUAUGAAGACGAUUAUUUAAAAUUAAACUACUGGUUAGCGUUUUUGAAACCCUUUUAAAAUGUUAAUGUUGAAUUAUUUAAAACUUACAUACUCACUAAUAAUAUUUCUCAUAUAUGAAUCCAAGUUUUUGUAUAUUCUGUGGUUCAUGAAUCUGAACCUCGAGCAGC